GUGGAAUCAAAUAGGUUCAAAUGGGGCGAAAGUAGUUGCUUCCGAAAUAGCUAAAUGUACUAAUCUCUCCUUUUUAAGCCUAAACCUUUCGUCUAAUUAUAUAGAUUCAGAUGGGGCGAAAGCAUUUGCUUCCGAAAUAGCUAAAUUUACUAAUCUCUCCACUUUAAGCCUCAACCUUUCGUCUAAUAAUAUAGAUUCAGAUGGGGCGAAAGCAGUUGCUUCCAAAAUAGUAAAAUGUACUAAUCUCUCCACUUUAAGCCUCAACCUUGAGUCUAAUAAAAUAGGUUCAAAUGGGGCGAAAGCAGUUGCUUCCGAAAUAGCUAAAUGUACUAAUCUCUCCUUUUUAAGCCUCAACCUUGAGUCUAAUAAUAUAGAUUCAGAUGGGGCGAAAGCAGUUGCUUCCGAAAUAGCUAAAUGUACUAAUCUCUCCACUUUAAGCCUUGAUAUUGG